CUCCUACUACUAUUGCACGUAUUGUUAAUGUAUAGACAUAUUUAUUUGGUUUAGAAGUCCAAAUAUGCUUUAUUUUAAUAGUUUAUAUGCCAAAAACACCCUUCCUACAAACUCUCAUAAGGCUCGAAAUUUUGAAUAGAAUAGGUUCUGAUGGAGAAUCUCCAUAUAAUAGUGGUAGGAGAAUACCUCUCCGGCUUCAAGGUGCCUGACAACACAGAUCCAAUUGAGCUAGCUAAUAUAUGAACCACCAUGAAUUUACGAAACCAGGUAGUCCGACUACUAAAGGAAACAAUCUCUAGCCAGACCUUACUGAACCACAAAAGUUCAUUCUUAACGUGUGCAUUUAGUUUCCUGCGGCAGGUUUCGUGCUCUCCCGGCCAAGAGAGAUUCUCUCCGGCAAAAUUAAAUAUGACUGAACCCAACGAACAACAGGGAACAUUCUUCCAGCACUUGGGACAUGGAGGCAGCAGCAACCCCCUCAGCCCUCAGGCUUCACCACACUCUCUCAGGUAAAACCAAAACCUUCUAGCUAAUUUCUUCCUGUGGUAAUAAGGAUAUGAUUAAAUGUUAUUUUGCAGGGUCGAACAAGAGACUGGAAGCUAUGGAAGACGGAACUACCUCUAUGACUAAAAGCAGUAAGAAUGCACCAGAACGAAUCCCAAAGCUUGAAGGGUUUGGGGCAUCUUACAGUUCUUUAGCUGAAAGAUGAGACCACCUGCUGUCAUCAAAUCUAUGCCAUGAAUCCAGCUCAAUGUCUAGAGGAGCCUCUGAAGAUCAAGUGCUGGCAGCUGAAAGUUCUUAUCCACCAGAUGCUGCUGCCACAGAUAAUGAGAUCAUGGUGAACCUAAUCACCCAGCCAAUGCAUUCACAGGGCACUGAUGACAGAGAACCAGACUGGGCUGAGCUCAAGUUUCAAGUUGCAAAGCUGAUGGAGGAGAAUCUGUGGCAGCAGGCAGAGUUGGCAAGGAGAAAUGUCGAGAAGAAAGUGACUAUCUCCAGGCUUCAAUCACAGGUUGAACAUUUGAAGCGUCAGAAUAUGGCCCUCCAGGAUUCUAUCAGCUUCUAUGAAAUGGGGAAGAAGAAUCAUCGAUCAUCAACUUCAAAGUUGCACCAACUUUGGGACAAGCUCUUCAGAAGAGAAUAUACAGAUUGAUUAUAGUCGCUUUCCCAGAUCCAACC